CAGAUAACAUAUAUAUUCCUAUGGCAUCUCUUCUACAAGACACGUUGUAUGAAAUUCAGUGCCAGGCGCCUGCUCCUAGCAAAGAUUUCCAUCAUUUUGUCAUAACAAAAAAAGAGAUUAUCUUAAGAUCCUGGAAGAUUUCAGUACGAACUGAGCACAGAAAAAUGCUGCCAUGGGAAAUAAAGAAAACACACAGUGAAUUCCUGCAAAUGAUCACAAUGCACAAGUCAUUAGAAAAGAUCUUUGGCAAAGCCACAAUGGAAUAUGUGUUGAAUUUGUGUAGAGGGCAAUUUGAUUUCAUUGUUCGGAUACCUGAUAGCCUUAAGAUUCGUAUCUUAUCCUUUCUUGAUACACAAGACAUUAAGCAGCUGUCAGAGACAUGCAAGACAUACCAGAAGCUGUGCAACAGUGAGGAAUUCUGGGAACAAAUCAAACCA